AUGAGUAGCUUAUCACAACAGCUCCAGGCAAUCAGCGCCAAGAAUGCCUCCGUGGCCUUGGACAGGAAAUCCCGUGCGUAUGUGCACUCGCAGUCGCUCAUUUUCGACCCCAAGGUCGCAGCUGCUCAGGACUUCGAUUACAUCCACCAGAUUGCGUGUGAAGGCUUGGAGGAGCUCGUGCAGAUCGAGCCGCGGUUCGCCCGGUUCUCACAGACGCUUUUCCUGGAGGCGUCCGUGACGUUCGACCGCAACGUGCUGCUGAAAGACGUGGUAGCGCAGGCAGAGAAGAACGCCGUGGCGUUCAUCAACAUGGCAGCGCCGUACUUUGCCUUGAGCCCGGCAUUGAAGGCCAUGGAGUGGCUCGUCAGACGCUACCAUGUCAACAUCCACCACCCGGAGCCGUUGCUUCUCGCGGCGUUGCCGUACCACAACAAGCCCGUGUUCACGCGGUUCAUGGCCGUGGUGCCCAAGAGCCUGUGGCCGGCAAUUUUCUCGCCCAUCGCCGGGUACAAGGAGACGCUGGCCAUACCGCCGCUGCUGUCCAUCUUGAAGUGCUUCUACAACGACGCGGCGUUUUUCCGGCUCUACUCGCAGUACGUGGUGGACGCGUUGAAAAACAGCACCGUGUACAAGGAGCAGUUGGUGUUCUACUUGUCGAACACUGCGCAGGUGUUGGCGUCCCAUGCACGCGACACCGCCCGCUUGAACGAGCAGUACAUUCCCGUGAUCUUGGAGACGGCGGCCGAGUUCUUCCGCGACCGCACGUUCCGCUACUCGGCCACCUUGGCCCAGGACGUGCGCUUGACCAUCUAUGCGAUUCUCUCGGUGUUGUGCUCGCUCGUGCCGCUCCUGGAGCCGCUCGUGUUCUCGUUGACCAAGUCCGUGUUGCAGAGCGAGAUGGCGUUUGCGCCCGCGUUGCAGAGACACACGCUCAUUCUCUUGGGCCAGUUGUGGCACUUCUACAACGAGCACGACCUCCCCAAGGACACGGCCGUGUUUGCAGAUCUCCCCGUGUGCGAGUUGUUGCAGCACGAGCUGUUGGUGCACAGCCUCGCGGACGACCACUACCACCUCCUGAAGUUCCUCUUCUUUUUCCUUGCAGACAAGAUCAACCAGAGCGACGCCGACGCCGCCAAGGUGUUGCCACUCCUCCAGCCCGAGGGCUCGCGCUUCUUGUUCGACUCGCUUGCCACCAAGCUCUUGGCAGCACUCGACACGCCGUUUGCCCACGAGCUCAAGCCGCGGGUCGUCGACGCAUUCGAACGCUUGGUGAAAUGCGACCGGAACAGGCUCCUUGCCAUUUUGGACGCGCAAAACAAGACAUUGGCCGAUCUCGAAAUGGCGCUCCUGCGCACGCUCACGGACGCCGACGUCAAUGCAUCCGUGUACGAGGCAGACUACCUGAAAAUUGCCGUGGAGGGCCCCGCAGACGACCACGUCAAGGCCUCGUUCGCGAGCCACGCGUCGACCCGCAAAUCCUUCCUCUCCUCCGACAGCUCCGACGACUUUGCGCUGCUCGUCCUGGUCUUGUUGGACAGCAUGCACCACGCCGAGGUCGUGGAGCAGAUCCAGAACGUGUUUGCCUUCGUGGAUGCCGUGGUCACAGACGGCGCCGAGGCACAGUGCUCGUUCCUCUUGCGUGUGGCCUUGACUCCGGCCGUGCCUUCUAAUAUGCGCUUGGUUGCUUUGAAGUGCUUGCUGACCAAGAUCGACGACGCGGCACAGGCCAACUCCAAGCACGCGUUCUACUUGUUGGCACCGCUUCUUUUGCUGGCGCUCGGCGACCCCAGCAAGAUCAUUCGGGGCUACGUCAUGAAGCUUCUUGAGCAGAUCAAGGUCCUUUCCGCACAGCUCAUUGAGCGAAGCGGGAAGAAGGUCAAGUGCACCUUGUUCAUGGAGACCCAGAUCUACGGCGACCUCGAGCCUGCGCAACGGUCCAUCAUCUCGCCGCAAGACGGGAAUGCCAUGCUCCAGGCAUUGUUCGAACACAGGGAGCAGACCAGCAGUGUGCUCGUGGACCCAGCCAGAAUCCAGCAGCUCUUGUUCGACGGUCUUUUCAAGGCCUCCAAGACCGGGCUGAAGAAGUUCGGCCCCGUGUUGCUCCGCACCUUUGUGUUAAACCAGUGGUCGCUUACCGCCUUGCCUUUGGCCGUCAAACACAGGGUGUGGCAAAUCGUGGCCGCCCGGAACGUGGCCUUGGAGGGCUCGGACGACAGAUUUGUGUUUGCAGAAGACUUGAAGACUUUCUUCGCCAAGACGGCGGCCUGGCAAGCCGAGGCACAGGCUGCCAAGAUCGCGUUCGAGGACGUCGAGGACGCCGUGGUCAACAUGGUCGGUGGCAAGACGGCCAGCGAGCAGAACACGGCCAAGGAAGUCAAGUGGUUCUUGCAGGCGCUCUCCUCGCAAGGCUCCUUGCAGUCUGCCGCCAACAAGCGGUUGAUUGAAAUCUUCCCCCGGCUCGAGGCCAACGAGCACAAGUUGAAGAUUUGCAACGAGUUGGUGGACUUGAUUGUCACGGACAACGACGCCGAGCUUGCGUUCGACCCAAUGGAGACCUUGCAGACGGUCGUGUUCUCCAACCUGUCGAUGAUCGCGUUGCUCAACACAGUCAACAUUGUCACGCUGGUGCCGGAGCAAGGCAUGGCCAAGAGAAGAAGACGGUCGUCGUCCAGCACGCAAAAGACCAUGGCCCGCGACGACAUCAGCUCGAUCGCCGCACACCACUUGCGCAAACUCUCGGUGAUCUUGGACGUGUUGGAGAGCCAGUUGAGACGCAACGCCUCGCAGCUCGCCAACCCAGACUUGUUGCAGGAGAUGUUCAAGAUUUUGACCGACUUGGACUACUUGUGCAACGACGGCAAGAUGCCCGUGUUGUACGCCCAGGAGACGUUGGCAUCGUGUAUGUUGCUCACGAUCGUGGACAUGAAGAAGCCCACGUCGAGGACGAAGUUCAAGUUCGACUCCAACUCCAUCCGCGCGGACUUGAUCGUCAACUCCAUCCGGCUCUCGCAGUCGCCGCAGGUGCAGAACCGGUUGUUGCUUGUGAUCUCGGAGCUUGCGUCGCUCGCGCCCGAGAUCAUUCUCCACUCCGUCAUGCCCAUCUUCACGUUUAUGGGGGCACACACCAUCCGCCAGGACGACGAGUUUUCCAGCUCCGCGUUGCAGCAGACCAUUGCCAAGGUCGUGCCUGCCAUCACGUCGGCGUCGCAGUCCAUUGACUCGGAGAUCGAGUUCUUGUUGACCAGCUUCAUCACCGCGUUCCAGCACAUCCCUCGGCACCGGCGCGUCAAGUUGUUCGUGUCGCUCGUCAAGACCUUGGGAUGCAAGCAGUCGUUGCACACGAUCCUCUUUUUGAUUGGCCAGCAGUACGCAGCCAGCAUGGCGAAGCACAAGGCCCACGAGUGCGACUCCUUGUUGGAUUUCGUGACGUCCUUGUUGAAGACGUUCCCCGCAGACGACUGUUUACAGGGCUUGUAUGGCUUCUACCAGUUGUGGGACGCCAUCCCCACGCACGCGUUGGACAAGGACAGCGAGCAGUUUGCACACAUGAGCGGCCGCUCAAUAUACGGCGCCUCGGUGGUCAGCUUGCCCAGCAAGGACUUGGUGGUUCUCAAGUUCCGGCUCUUGCGGUUCCUCAACAAGACGUUGGCCGCGGACGAGGACACGGCGUUUUCCAGCAGCGUGGUGUCGCUCAAGAUGAAGGUGGCACUCACGCUCUUUGACGACGAGAGCGAGCAGAAGGACAAGGACGCGUUGUUGCGCCUGACCAGCAGGCUCACGUCGUUCAUCUUGACCGCGUUGGAGGCGUACACCAGCAGCGCGGAGGCGGGCGGCGCCGAGGUCGUUGAGGAGUUGUACGAGCUGCUCAAGAGCGUGUUGAACUUGCUCCCGUUGAGCCACUACAUGCUGUCGAUCAUCGAGUCCUUGCGCCACGUCACGGACGCCACGUCCAUCAAGGUGGCCAAGAACUUUGCCAUUUUGGCCGGGCAGCGCUUCGAAAGCGAGGUCACCAAAGCCGCCUUGGACGAGCACGUGGACAGCGUGGUGGCCGAGAAGUUGUUGCCGGCGUUGGUGGAGGGCGUGGAGCAGUUCCACAACACGGAGUUGGUGCAGGCGUACUUGGACACGUUUGCCACCGUCAUCAACAAGUUCGGGGCCACCAACCCCGACUUUGCCAGCUCGACCCACGCCAAGUUCUUGGUGGGCUCGCUCCGCGUGAUCACGUCCCACAAGGGCUUGUUGAGCGAGCAGGUGGAGGUGGUGGUGUCGUCGCUCGGCGCCAUCACCAGCGUCGUCAACUGCCUCGGCGUCAAGUGCAUCGGGCACUUCCCCAAGAUCUUGCCUCCGGCUUUGGAGAUCUGGAAACUGACGCUCUCGCAAAGGCCCGCGGCCAGUUCCGAUUCCGAGGACGAGUCCGACGCAGAGUUGGCCGACUCCGAGGAGGCCGAGCGCGACCAGUUGUUGCAGGGCGCGGUGUUGAUGCUCUUCUCGUGCCUCGUCAAGCGCAUGCCUGCGUUUGUCUCGGCCAGCUUGAUUGCGAUGAUCCGCGCGGUGUUGCAGAGCGACUUGGUGGACAGCUCCAUCCGCGCCGGGGUGUUGGGCUUGAUGGUGGAGCACAUCGACGGGGCGCAGGUGUUGCAGGCCAUGUGCAACAUGGCGUUGACCGAGCACGUGUACGAGCUCGACAGCGCCGUGGGCUUGGGCCUCUAUUUGAACGGCAUGAGCAGCGCCAUCGACAGCUGCGACAAGAAGACGGUCACCGGCAACUCCGCGUUGUUCAUGCGGUGGAUGAUCAAGUCGUUCGAGUUCCGCAGCGAGCACGGCGAGGCCAAGUUCUCCGACAACACCGUGCACAGCAUCGAGGGCUCGUUCCACGCGUGCGGGCUCAAGUACGUGAUGAAGUUGAACGACAAGAACUUCCGCCCGUUGUUCGCCAGCUUGGUGCGCUGGGCCGUGAGCGGCGAGAGCGGCAGCGCCGCGGAAUGCGACCGCGAGACGCGUCUUUUGAGCUUCUUCAAGUUCUUCGGCAAGUUGCAAGACAACUUGCGCGGCAUCAUCACGUCGUACUUCUCGUACUUGCUCGACGCCACGGUGCAGCUCCUCACGGAGUUCCAGACGGGCCAGGUGGCCAACACCAGCUUGCGGCGCAUCGUGUUACACUCGUUGGCGUCGUCGUUCAAGUACGACCAGGACGACUAUUGGACGCACCAGUCGCGGUUCGACUUGGUGGCAGAGCCGCUCGUGGGCCAGCUUCACAACAUCGAGGACUCCAUCGGCAAGCACUUGGUCAAGGCCAUCUCGUUCUUUGUGGCCGACGUGGCGUCCGACGAGCACAACGAGAAGUUGGUGCAGGCGUUCAUCCGCCACAUCUCCAACGAGCACGACAACUCGUCGGCCACCAAGAUUUGGACUGUGCGCGUCAUGAAGACCGUGCUCCAGAAAAUGGGCGAGCAGUGGCUCGCGUACUUGCCCAUGUUCAUCCCCUAUAUUGCCGAGUUGUUGGAGGACGACGACGAGGCUGUUGAGAUGGAGGUCCGCAAGGACUUGGUGCGUGUGAUUGAGUCCAUUCUCGGCGAGCCUCUCGACAGAUACCUUAGCUAG